GAUGACGGCGAUGUAUAAAAAUCAUUCGAAUUCUCCGUUUGAUCUUUGUGUUUCAUGAAUAAGUUUAGUUGAUCAUUUAUUUUAAAUUUACUUUAAUUUAAAAUUGUUCCUAAAGAAAGUAAAAAUGUUACCUAUAAACCAUGAUCCAGUGGAAGUUAUACCUCCAGAUGCUGAAAUUCGACUUUUGACCCUCAACUGCUGGGGUAUACCUUUCAUAUCAAAAAACAGAUUAGAACGUAUGGAUGCUAUUGCCUUGAAAAUAAUUGAACAAAGUUACGAUAUUGUUUGCUUGCAAGAAAUUUGGUCUAGGACUGACUAUGAACGAAUUAUGACUAAAACUCAAGAGAAGCUGCCUUACUCACAUUAUUUUUAUAGUGGAAUUCAUGGUUCUGGAAUAUGUAUUUUCUCUAAAUAUCUAAUAAAGGAUAUUAUGUUCCACCAAUGGUCUUUAAAUGGAUACGUACACAAGAUUCAUCAUGGAGAUUGGUUUGGUGGCAAAGGAAUAGCUUUGUGCAAGCUAGAUGUUAAAAAUAUUAUUGUUAAUGUUUACAUAGCUCAUUUACAUGCAGAAUACAAUGAAACUAGGGACGAGUACAAAUCUCAUAGAGUUCUGCAGGCCUUCGACACAGCUCAGUUCAUUCGACUAACAAUGGAUUCUGCAGAUGUAGCACUAUUAGGAGGUGAUCUCAAUACUGAACCUAGUGGGCUAGAAUAUCGUCUAAUUUGUGGCCUUACUGGAUUAGUUGACUCCUGUAACGAGCUUGAUUUAGGUACCAGUGAGACACCUAAUAAUACCUAUACAUGCAAGAAAGCAUUGAAAAAAUGCCCCAAGGGAAAAAGAAUUGAUCAUAUUUUAUAUAAAGGAUCCAAAAACUAUAAGGUGAUAGUUAGUGACUACAACCAUCCAUUUCCUCCCAAGGUACCAGGAAAAAAUUUCAGCUAUUCUGAUCAUGAUGCAGUUAUGGUUCACUUAAAUGUAAUCAAAGGAAGUGAAGAUUCAGUGGAAGAAGUUGAUAUGAGAGAAUCAUUACAACAAGCAAUUGCUAUUGGCCAGGACGCUUUAACUUUAGGAAAAAAACAACAACUGGGAUACGCGGUGGUAGUGGGUAUUGUACUGUUACCUCUUUUGUGGUCCAUAACCGAUGAUACUUUGUUGUCAGAUCUGAAUGUUAAUAUUGCAUUUAAUUUAUUCCGAUGUUUCAUGGUAAUAUUAUUAUUCUACGCUGUGUUCAUGAUUACCAUGUGGUACAACCUUGAAAAAAAUGCUUUAAAGGCUGGUAUUUCAGCGAUGGAAAUUAUUUUAUACAAUUUAAAUAAAAAGUAUGCUUAGGAAGAAAUGUGAUAAAAAGUAAAUCAAUGGAAAAUAUAUUUUUCUAUCGCUAUAGAAAAUGUUAUUCAAAAGCAGAAAUAGAUCAGGAGUUAAAUCUUGUGGUGAUACAUUUUUAUUAAUGUAGAUCUGAACUAUUAGAAAACAAAUGAAUUUAAAACUGUUAUGCCAAAUUAAAUUAAGUAUUAUGUGGCUAGCAUUUAUGUUAUUGUUUACGAUAUUGUUGAUCACUAAUUAAAAUUUAAUUUUAACGUGUUUUAUAGUGUAAGGCUUAAUCCUAAAAUAUGUGAUAUUGUUGAAAAUUUCUUUGACACAGUAAAUAGCAUAUAAUUGUCUUUGUUGAUGCACGUUUUAAUGGAAAUCUUGGUCCAAAAAAUUCUAGAAAAAUAUAUAUUGUGUUAGUAACUAAAUUUAAAUGAAACUGGAUUUCUUAGGCCUAA